AGCUUGUAUUGGCCGAUUCUAUCUCGUUUGCAGUACUGUAUCCGAACAGAGUCUCUUGGUUGUCAGAGACGACUUCCUUGCUUAGAAAAGCCAAUUCCAGUUGGCGCUUCCUUCAGGCAGCGCCGCGGGCAGCCCACAGGCCCUUGUAAGGCGCGCGUCACGGCUCCGCCUCCUUCCUUUCGGCCGGAACCGCCAUCUUCCAGGUCUAGAUGUGUGUGAAAGCCCGGACUUACGGUUAGAGAAUGAUGUGGAUGCCUGGUGUCGACCUGGCUAAUGGACCCCAGACCCUUACUGCAUUUCAAGAAAUGUUUUACAGUCGCUUUUAAAUUUUGGCUUCAAGUGACGUUUAGAGGAAGAGAAGUAAUUUGCCAAAAUGACGAACACAAAGGGGAAGAGGAGGGGGACUCGGUAUAUGUUCUCUAGGCCUUUUAGAAAACAUGGGGUUGUUCCUUUGGCCACAUACAUGCGAAUCUACAAAAAGGGUGAUAUUGUAGACAUCAAGGGAAUGGGUACUGUUCAAAAAGGAAUGCCACACAAAUGUUACCAUGGCAAAACUGGAAGAGUCUACAAUGUUACCCAGCAUGCUGUUGGCAUUGUUGUAAACAAACAAGUUAAGGGCAAGAUACUUGCCAAGAGAAUUAAUGUGCGUAUUGAGCAUAUUAAACACUCAAAGAGUCGAGAUAGCUUCCUGAAACGGGUCAAGGAAAAUGAUCAGAAAAAGAAGGAAGCCAAAGAGAAAGGUACCUGGGUUCAACUGAAGCGCCAGCCUGCCCCACCCAGAGAAGCACACUUUGUGAGAACCAAUGGGAAGGAGCCUGAGUUGUUGGAACCUAUUCCCUAUGAAUUCAUGGCAUAAGCUGGGGAUGUAGCUCUGCCACACAGCACCUAAUUAGCGGCUGAAUGCCCUAAUCCCUACUUCAAAAUUAAAAAUCAUCCUGUGUUGUAAGGAUGGUUUUCUUAAUUGAACAGGUGUGUGGUGCCUUUACCUCAGAGAAGCAAAUAUUUGGAGCAGAUUCUCAUUAUACCCAGUUAAUUGUGUCAGGUCUUUACACUUCAGUGUUUUUCUUGCUGAAAGAUGUGAGGUAUUGUGCAGAUGUAUACUCAAAUGACCAAAUAUUUAUGAAACGUUUAUAUUGGCUUGAAGAUCCUCUAAAUCACCUUGGGGACAAGAUGUAUCAAAAUAAAUGGAAGUCAGUGUAUGGCAUUUCAGUUAAAUAAAUUGUUUAAAAGCACCCUUA